ACAUACAGAGCCGGGAGCAGGCGGUGCCACGAGGGAGGGAAGCACGAAGCGGCACCCGCAAGGAAAAAGAAGCAGUCCUUCGGCUUCCUAGAACCCCUGUCCCCACCGUUACGUUAGACCAACUGGACAGUACAUCCCAGCGAAAAAGGAAGCAACAUGACACGCGGGAAUCAACGUGAGAUCGAUCGGGCUCGAGCGGCGGCACGGGCGGCGAAAGGUCGCAAGGAAGGAAACGAAGGCGAUCCUAAACUGCGUGCAGAGAGGGAUGCGAAGGCAUUGCAAGAAAAGAUCGCAAAGAAACAAGCCGCGAAAGCGGCAGCAGGAGACGGAGGACAAGAGCAGAAAGGGAAAAAUAAAAAGGCAGACAAAAAUGCCUACACGGUCUUCAUCAAGUGAGAGGUGGUGUCGGAAGAGCUGCUUCACCUGUCGGUGACUUUCUGACUACGAUAGGAUUUGAAGGGGUAGAAAAAAAGAUGGAAGGAAGGAGGGAGGGAGGGAGAGAGGGAGGAAUAAUGCCAAGGGCAUGCAGGAGGGAAAACACCCGGGGGUCAGACAAAGCAUCCCUAGGCUGACGUGGGAGGGGGCUAUCAAUCGAUGCAAAGUCCAUCAUCGCCAUGGGAAGGAAAUUCUGGAGGGAAAAGGGGCGCAAACAUGGUAGAAAAAGCAUGAAAUUGGGCCGGGGAGAGAGGGACAUGGGUACCAGGAAGCGAAGGGAGGCGGCCAUGGAGAAAUGUACGGUGAGGAAGGAGGGAAGGAGGG